AUGGAUGUUCGCAAAGAUCUCGAUGAGUACACACAGAUCAUGCGGCAGCAAAAGCGUUUCCUGCAAGAUGCCAAGAAGAAGCAGGGCCAGCGUCCCCACGAUCGUAAGGGCAGGGACAUCAUGUUGUUUGAGUUCAUGAUGGCAUUGAUGGCCAACACACAACGCGCUGGAAGUGAAGACACACACAUGAUACAUUCAUCGUUUGUUCCACCAGCAUAUCCGCCUUGUACCACAUCUUUCAACUCCUUGAAACCCAUCUCGAUUGAAGAUCUCAGGCUCGAGACGCAUCAUCGUGGCUACUAUCUCGUAUUGCGAGUCAUCACACCUCCGAACCGUAUGACUGCGAUUCUUAUUUUAGUCGAAGACGAGCACGGGGACGUUACGAUGUUGCAAAUGUACCAACAGGAGGAUGAGGCCAGUCGCCCAGCAUCUACAGUUGUCGACAAAGGUUCAAUUCUUCUGAUCAAGGAGCCUUUCUUCAAAGUUACGGCGUCUGGCGAUUACAGUUUAAGAGUGGAUCAUGUUUGUGACAUUAUUUUCCUUCACAACGACGACCCCAGGAUACCGCCAUCAUGGCGACGGAGAUCGUUCGAGUUAGAAAAAUCUGCGGACUCUUUGAAGCUUGAGGGAAAUGCAUUUGUAGGGAAAGGAGAUUAUUGGAGAGCUAUCGACAAGUACUCAAAUGCUUUAGCGCACUCCGCAACACUCGACGAGGUCAAAAUGAUCAAACGAAACAGAUCUUUAGCAUACCUGAAGACGAGGCAAUAUGACGCCGCGUUGUCUGACACUGGCUUCCCAGACUUCGGCGUGGAGGCCUCGGAGAAAGCCUUGUUUCGCGCAGCGGAGGCUUUAUACCAUCUCACUCGUUAUGAAGAAUGUUGCAACGUACUCGAGAAAAUGUGCAGACUCUUUCCAAAUAACAAACAAGCAGCCGCUGCGCAUACACGUGCAUGCCAUCGAUUCUCUGAGAGCAGCACCGGAGAGUUUGACUUCAAGCUUCUCCAGGCUGAAGCAAGGAAGCGUAUUCCCCCACAUCUGGACCACGGCACUUAUAUUGGACCAGUAACGGUUCGGAAAGCCAAAGGAAAAGGUCGCGGCUUAUUCACAACUGCGUCUAUGAAAGCAGGGGACCUAGUGCUGUGUGAGAAAGCUUUCUGUCAUGCUCAUAUCGACGACUCCGGGGAAAGCAAUGCAAAGAUGACUCUUUUGAUGAAUGUGGAGACAGACACAGCCUUCAUGGGCGGUCAAGCAAAUCUCAUCCAGUUAAUCACGCAGAAGCUGUACAAAAAUCCUUCUAUGGCUGCGGCUUUCACUGAACUGCAUCAUGGCGAUUACAAGGCGGUCGACAAGAUGUUUGUUGAUGGACAACCGGUAGUAGACACCUUUCUCGUCGAACGAACAAUGGCCCCCAAUGUCUUUGGCUGUCCUGUUACAUCCCUGAAGAGCCACAAAGAUGCCAUGUCCAACAAAGCCCCGAAGGGAGAUGCCACAUUCCAUUCGUGUGGCAUCUGGAUCAAAGCCUCAUAUAUCAACCAUAGUUGCCUCGGCAAUGUGCGUCGCUCUUUCAUCGGAGAUAUGAUGAUAGUGCGCGCAUGCAAGGACCUGGAAGCUGGUACAGAGAUAGUCUUUCCUUAUACAGCUCCAAGGGGUGACUAUACACUUGGGAUUAAGCAAAAGUUCAAGAGUUGGGGGUUCAUUUGUAGCUGCGCACUUUGCGAGGAUAUCAAAUCUACCAAGCCGUCGGCAGUGGCAAAGAGAAGGAGCUUGUUUGAGCAGCUGGACCGCCUCUGCAAAUCUGGCUUAACAGCGCAUAAUGCUCCGAUCAAAUUCGAACGCUUAGUCGUGGCGCUAAACGAGACAUACCAAUCUCCGGCGGAACAAGUUCCUCGACUUUUGCUGUUGGAUCCACAACUAUUGCUGACGCGCGUCUACAUGGAAAAGCGUGAUCUCACAAAGGUGUUGGAGUCGGUUGCAAAAACUCUUCAGACUCUAGGCUUCAUCGUCGCUGGACUUGAUCCAAGUCCUACAACUUUGAUUAUCAACAAAUGGGGUCAUAUCGUGGACGAUAUAGUAGAGGUCUUUCUACAUGGGCAGUCAGCCUUCGAGCAAUUAGGGAUAUGGGAGAAGUCAAAACAGGCCGAGCAAUAUGCAAAAAUUGCAUAUCGGAUAUUGGUUGGGGAAGAAGCGUCCUUCAAUCGGACAUGGGACACAGUAUUGUGAAUUUCAGGUCUCCAUAAAGAAACCUGGGAGAAUGAGGUAUUGGCAUCAAUUGAAUGUAACUAUUUAGUUAAGAAGUUAUUUACCUACUUACCGUAGA